AUGAGCCAAUACAUCUACCAUCGUGCUGCAGACUCCGUAUUCGGAAAUGACACUCGCAUCAAGAACUUCACCGUGCUGGCUCCCUGCUUCCAGAACACUUCAGAUGAGGGAUACCAUCUUCAGGAGAAGGCUCAGAAGCUCGCCUCUACCAAAUUAUGGCAGUAUUCCAGUGCAUCCGCUGGUUUCGCAGUCUUCAGCAACAUCAUCAUUGGAUCUUACUCCGACAUCAUUGGAAGAAAAUUUCUAUUCCUUUGUCCAAUGGCUGGUCAUUUAUUGCGGAACGCAAUGACUGCAGUGAUAAUUUAUUGGCGCCUGGAUUUAAAUUAUUUUUUCCUCGCUACAGGUAUGGAUGGUUUGCUUGGCGGGGGCUGGGGCUUUAUGUUAGCUACCAUGGCCUACACGGCAGACCACACGCCUCCCGAACAGAGCAGGAGUUUGAACAUCGUCAUCCUGGAAUGUGUAAUAGGUCUGUCAGAAUCAUUAGCGUCUACAGCCACAGGCUACUUCAUUCAAAACACUGGGUUCUUCUAUCCAUCUCUAACAUCCGCAGCAGUGACGCUUUUGGAUAUGGUCCUUGUGAUAUUCUUUUUAGAAAGUCCUAAACAUGAGGAUUCUGAUGGCAAGGAGAACAGUAAAUCCUUACUGCAAGGCCUACGUAAUAUUACUGACAUAUACUUUGGUGGGACUGUUUUGAAACGGGCUAUCUUCUGGCUUGGACUCUUUGCGUUCUUCUUCGCGUCUCUGUGUGAUUCAGGAGGAUCUAACAUAGACACGCUGUUCUUCAUGAACUUGCCUUUCUGUUGGAGCCCCGAAAAGAUGGGUGUGUACGACACGAUAAGCACAGUGGUAAGGAAGACUUUUGGUGUGGCGAUUGUCCGGGUCUUACAAUGUUGUUCCUCUGACGCUGUCAUGGGGAUCUUAGGUUCCUUGUCAAACGCUGGGGGAGAAAUGUUGUUUGCCUUCGCAUCGACAGAGUGGAUGCUCUACCUUGGAUUUCCUGGUGUUGCUAUCAUCGGUUUUCUUCCAACACCAAUGGCCAGGAGUGUUUUGUCCAAGCAAGUUCCAUCAAAUAGACAAGGUGCAAUAUUCGCGAGUCUGGCAGUGGUGCAGGCGUUGUGCUCCGUGGCAGCAGCUGUUGUCUACAACAACAUCUACCAGAUGACUGUCAUCUACUGGCGAGGCGCGGUGUAUGUGUCAUAUGCUGUAACCAAUGGCAUCACAGCGAUCAUUUUCAUAGUGAUGGCGAUCCUCAUACGGAAACAACGGGAAUCAAAAACAGUACAAAUCCAUGUGAACUAGAGUGGCGUUUUCCUUUGGCUGAGUGUAUAAACCCAAGAAGAAAUGUCAAAAUGCAUUGACUUGGCGCUGUCGCUCACGUUAUGUGGCCAACAGUUAUAAACAUCGAGAUAGACUGAGAUUGAGAAACAUUUUAUCUACAUACAGCAACAUUUACAUAUUGACAACAAAGCUGCAACUCUGAGCCUCUGAAAAUGUACCAGAUACAUCAAAUUAUUGAAAUAACAGCUUGAUUUCAUUUCAGCCUUAACCAUUGUAAUGAUAACAAAAUAGUUGAGCAUUUGAGAAUUCAAUACUUUUGUAUUAAAUGUUGCUGUAACGAGAAACCUGGUUCCAUGAUAUGCAUAACAAUUAAGAAACAGACCAUAUACGAUAUAGUGCAAACGCAUAGAUGAAUGGCAGAAGAACAUAAACAUACGAUUUAUUUUGAACACACUAUAAUUAAACAUAAAAAUACAUGCACCAAUACAUAAAACAUGAUACACAUGUAAAGCUACAUAAGUAAUAUCACACUCACACACACACACAGACACACACUCUCUCUCUCUCUCUCACACACACACACACACGCGAGCGCGCGCGCACACACACGACAUAUGAGCAUACAUAGGCCCAUAUAUAACAUUACACCCAUUAUACUCAUACAUACAUGUAUAGAUACGGACAUAAACACACACAUACAUACACAAAGAAUCACAAACAAACAAACAAACAAAACAUACAUGUGUUUAUUCUAAGAUAUAUUUUUGAACGCAGCUAAAACGAGAUCAGGGUGAAAUUAUUUGCAUACAAAAACAAAUUUUGUGCGAAUGUAUGGUAACAAUUCAGUAUCAAUGCCAUCAUCCUUAAACUAUACAGUUACCAGUUUUGUUGAAAUGCAAAUAUGUUUAAGGAAGGACAAACACAUCUUUGGUCUCACGUGACACGUUUAUAGAUUGUAUGACUAUUAACAAAUACCAUAGAAACGUUUGGAUACUUUCAUCACUACUACAUUCAUCUUUUACACCAUUACAUGAGUAACAAACAAAAAAGACAAAAAUCAUUUUCUUAAAAGGUAUAGUUUUUGAUUUUCAAAC